GGAACUAUAAAUACUCGCAAUGUCGAUAUAAAUAAUUCUCUUAUAUCCACUAGAACACAAUGAAGUUAAAUCUACACAGAAUAUAAUUUUGAUUAAAUUAAUGUCUCCUGCAAAUCUGCAUAAAUCAAUACUUCACCCCUCCAUGGAAACCUCUCCUCUAACUUCCGCUAGCUUGCGCUUGUAGGGUUCUGUCGAUUUUCUCGAUCUCUUGCUGUGCAUUUGGGCAGAAAAAAAAUAGACAUUCAAAAUGGGCAAAGAAAAGAUUCAUAUUAACAUCGUCGUCAUCGGUCACGUAGAUUCUGGCAAGUCCACGUCUACCGGUCACUUGAUCUACAAAUGUGGUGGUAUCGAUAAACGUACCAUCGAAAAAUUCGAAAAGGAAGCCCAGGAAAUGGGCAAAGGUUCUUUCAAAUACGCCUGGGUGUUGGACAAACUGAAAGCCGAACGUGAACGUGGUAUCACCAUUGACAUCGCCCUCUGGAAAUUCGAAACUGCCAAGUAUUACGUUACUAUUAUCGAUGCACCCGGACACAGAGAUUUCAUCAAGAACAUGAUCACCGGUACUUCCCAGGCCGAUUGCGCUGUCCUCAUCGUAGCCGCUGGCACGGGCGAAUUCGAAGCAGGAAUCUCGAAGAACGGCCAAACUCGCGAACAUGCCUUGCUUGCCUUCACGCUUGGAGUGAAACAGCUGAUUGUAGGAGUCAACAAAAUGGACUCCACUGAACCACCCUAUUCGGAAACCCGAUUUGAAGAGAUUAAGAAGGAGGUGUCGUCGUACAUUAAGAAGAUCGGCUACAAUCCAGCUGCUGUAGCGUUCGUACCUAUCUCUGGUUGGCACGGGGAUAACAUGCUUGAAAGUUCCGAUAAGAUGCCUUGGUUCAAAGGAUGGGCCGUCGAACGCAAAGAAGGAAAAGCCGAGGGAAAAACUUUGAUUGAAGCCUUAGACGCCAUCUUGCCUCCUUCCAGACCCACCGAGAAGCCUUUGAGACUUCCUCUUCAGGACGUCUACAAAAUCGGCGGCAUUGGAACUGUUCCAGUAGGAAGAGUCGAAACUGGAAUCCUUAAACCCGGUAUGGUGGUCACUUUUGCUCCAGUAGGCCUCACCACCGAAGUCAAAUCCGUAGAAAUGCACCACGAAGCGCUCCAGGAAGCAGUUCCAGGAGAUAACGUCGGUUUCAACGUCAAGAACGUGUCUGUGAAAGAACUGAGACGUGGAUACGUCGCCGGAGAUUCCAAGAACAAUCCACCAAGAGGUGCUUCUGAUUUUAUGGCGCAGGUCAUCGUACUGAACCAUCCAGGACAGAUAGCAAACGGUUACACUCCCGUCCUGGAUUGCCACACGGCCCACAUCGCCUGCAAAUUCGCCGAGAUCAAAGAAAAGUGCGAUCGUCGUACCGGCAAAACCACAGAGGAGAACCCGAAGGCGAUCAAGAGCGGCGACGCCGCCAUCGUCAAUCUGGUUCCCUCCAAGCCGAUGUGCGUCGAGUCAUUCCAGGAGUUCCCGCCUUUGGGCCGCUUCGCCGUGCGCGACAUGCGUCAGACCGUCGCCGUGGGUGUGAUCAAAUCCGUCACUUUCAAAGACACUGCUGGCAAAGUUACGAAGGCCGCCGAGAAAGCCCAAAAGAAGAAAUAACUAGGCUUAGUGCUGCCUCGUUCCGCCAUAGGCAACAAGGAAAUCUUCAUCAUUUACUAUUACUAUUAUUUGUUGUUUAGGUGGUUGCAGCGGAAUUAUUUUCAUCGGAAAGAGUUUAGAAGGAAAGAUGGUGUUCUGACUAUUUUAGUUCUUUUUUUCAAUUUAAUUUAAAGUUUAAUCCCAUAAAUUAUUAUUAUUAUUAUGAUUGAGAAACUGUUUCCAUUGUCGUUUUGGUUAGCGUUUGAUUGAUUUCUAUUGGAGCGAGCUCGUAAUGACGUAUAAUGAUAUUAAUACGUACGUAUAUAGGAUAAGUUACUUUUAGUCAUAUGAUAUUAUUAUUUGUUAUGUUUCUGUUGAUACUUGAUGAUGAUAGACUUGAUAAAAUUAAUGUAUAAGCUUCUUAUUAACCAUUAAAGAAGCUCUUGAAGCA